AUGCCGGAGAAUCGACACGAUCCGUCGACUUGGAGUCCAGGCCAGGUUGCGUACGAUCAGGCCUUGCGCGAGGGACCCACCGCGGCUCUUGACCAGUUUUGCUCGCUCUUCCGUGCAUCAUCGACUUCUGAGACGCGAGAUAUCGAACAGAUCUUUAGUCUCUCUGUGGUUCUAUCGGAGAACUUGGACAAGCUAACCUACCCUAGAACCGCCACGCCGAACGAGGAUCUGUGGCGCGCAUUGCUUGAAAGCGACUUCAUGGUGUUCGUGGCCCGUACCAUUUCUGAACCAGACUUCUUGACCUAUCGCAUGGAUCUCGUCUUCAAUGUCUGCGACUUGCUCAAGUCAAUGUUACAAGUCUGGUGGAUGUGGAUCGUGCCCAAGGGGUCGAGCGACUAUCGAGAAACUAUCCAAACCGUACCACCUGAUCCAUACGAUGCUUGUUGGGACGCGACAGACUCCAUCGAGAAAAUUGGGAUGGCAAUCUUGGUGUGCUUCGAUGAUAUUGCGUACUUGAUGCGUGAUAUACAGAUGCGCAUCUCGACGCCUACCCUCCCGUAUCUUGCCAUGUUCUCAUUCGUAUCCUGUUGCUGGAUUACCCUCUACAGCUCCGCCCAGUUCGAGGCGAACAAGAAGCUCCCGUCCAAUCACCAUGCUCUUAUACUGAUUCACGAGCUCUGCGCGGCCUCACGCGUAACUGAGAAUGAAAACUCCUCGCUACCAUGGUCUCGUCAAUUUAUGGCGGCGAUCGUGGAAGCUAUGGGCGCCAGAUCUCUGGUCCGGGCAGCUUACAAUGCUCUGAGCUACUCCGAGCAUCUAGUGGAUCGCCACCUCACGGCCUGCCUCGACAUAUUGGAGAUACAGAUGGAGCUAAUAGGUGUUCACUGGUAUGCCUCUCCUCCGCUACUGGACGCUUUCAUGCACGCGAUGCACCGGGAAGAUCAUGACCCUGAUCCAGAGGAUGGUCCUGGUGUUCUCACCCGACGGCGGUUGAAAGCAUACGAAGGGGUAUUCAGACACUUGGAGAAGAUGUUACCUGGGCUUGAGUCGGGUGCCAUACCGUUGGGGUCAUUCUCGUGCACCACAUUCUGGAACUUAUUGAGCGGCGGAGUCCAUCCGGCCUCAGACGCAGACGGAGUCCUCCGUCACGAGUCAGGAGACUGUCUCUGUGGUGAUCAUACAGCACUCAAUGAAGCAAUGCUUACGAUGGCGGCUCGCUUUUCGGCACUGAAAGACGCGUAUCUAUCCGCACUACGCCAUAAGCGUCUUCCGCAACCCGUGGUCAAUCAGAUCCGGCGCACUGGCGCGCCGCAAGGUGCCGGCCCAACCGGCAGAUGGUACUUCGUGGUUUCACUCCUACGGGAGCGCUUACGACAUGAAGCAUCGUCGGUCAACAGUACUUUACUCAAUGCUUGGUUAGAGCUCGGAGGGGCAUUUGGCAUGGAUGAGGUCUCGCAGCGGGACUUGAAGGCGGCGCAUGUUGCCCGGCAAUGUUGCUGGCGUCCGUGCAAGUAUCACUCGACGCCGUCGGAAAAGCCCUUGUUAGUGUGUAAAGGCUGCAAAGAAGCUCGAUAUUGCUCUGCAGCUUGCCAGAGAAGCGAUUGGAAGCAAGGGAACCACCGUGUGCAGUGCCGUAGGGUGAAGUGA